AUGAAUGAAAAUGUGCAAAUACAGCCAAGAAGAUUCUGGGAAAAGCAUGACAGAAGUCUGGUCUUACUAGAAGGAAGCUCCAGGAAUCCAGAUGGGAAAACGCUGCAGUGCUACCGGCAACUCCUUGAGGCCCUCAAGACUGCACAGCUUCAGCCCAUGGUCAUCCUGCAUCACCAGACCCUCCCCACAAGCACUCUCCAGAGAAGCAGAGUCUUUGCUGACCUCUUUGCUGACUAUGCCACAUUCGCCUUCCACUCCUUUGGGGACCUAGUUGGAAUCUGGUUCACCUUUAGUGACUUAAAGGGGACGAUGAUGGGUCUUUCCCACAAGGAAUCAAGAGCUUCUCAUCUCCAAACCCUCACUGAUGCCCACAGAAAAGUCUAUGAGAUUUACCAUGCAAAAUAUGCUUCUCAGGGUGGAAAGCUCUCUGUGGUCCUCCCCUCAGACGAUCUCUUGGAGGCCCUGCUGGAACCAUCUGUGUCUGCACUUGCCAAGCAGGAGGCCUGUGAGGAGCGCCGUGUCCGUCUACCAGAAAAGGUCCUGUCUAUCCAGGCUCUCUCCACUGAGCAGCAGGCAGGACAGACCCUCAAAGGCUCCUCUCGCUCACCAGUCUUGGAAAAGAGCAUUGAGCCAAAAGUGAAAGUUUUCAUCUUUACUCUAAAACUUCAAGAUUGUCCCUCUACCAAAAAGAACCCUGCCAGGAUGCUCUUCAGCCUUUUUGAAGCCAUAAAUAAAGACCACGUAUGCACCAUUGGGUUUGAUGUCAAUGAAUUCCUGAGCUGUUCAAGUUCCAAGAAAAGCAUGUCUUGCUCUCUGACUGAUAGCCUGGCCCUUCAGAGUGACCAGCAACAGGACCGUGACACAGCGGGUGGGCCCUUGUCCCCUGACUCAGCCUAUUGGAGGGUCUGGGAAGCCUUUGCUAACCAGUCCAGGACAGAAAGGGAUGCCUUCCUGCAGGAUGUCUUCCCUGAAGACUUCCUCUGGGGUGUCUCCACAGGAGCCUUUAAUGUGGAAGGCGGCUGGGCUGAGGGUGGAAGAGGGGCCAGCAUCUGGGACCAAUAUGGACUGAAUGGCACCAGAGGCCAAGCAACCCCGGAGGUGGCUAGUGACAGUUACCAUAAGUCAGCCUCUGACGUCGCCCUGCUUCGUGGGCUCCGGGCUCAGGUGUACAAGUUCUCCAUCUCCUGGUCCCGGAUCUUCCCCACUGGGCACAGGAGCAGCCCCAACCUCCAAGGUGUCACUUACUACAACAAGCUGAUCGACACCCUGCUGGGAUCGCACAUCAAGCCCAUGGUGACACUGUUCCACUGGGACCUGCCUCAGGCCUUGCAGGACCUUGGCGGUUGGCAGAAUGAGAACGUGGUGGAUGCCUUUCUGGACUAUGCAGCCUUUUGCUUCUCUACUUUUGGGGACCGUGUGAAACUGUGGGUGACCUUCCAUGAGCCAUGGGUGGUGAGCUACGCAGGCUAUGGCACCGGCCAGCACGCGCCAGGCAUUUCUGACCCUGGAGUGGCCUCUUUUAAGGUGGCUCACUUGAUCCUCAAAGCUCAUGCCAGAACUUGGCACCACUACAACAGUCACCAUCGCGCCCAGCAGCAGGGGAGUGUGGGCAUCGUGCUGAACUCAGACUGGGCAGAGCCUUUGUCUCCAGAGCAACCUGAAGACCUCACAGCCUCUGAGCGCUUCUUGCACUUCAUGCUGGGCUGGUUUGCACACCCCAUCUUUGUAGAUGGAGGCUACCCUCCUACCAUGAAGGCUCAGAUUCAACAGCUAAACAAACAGUGCUCUGGUCCUGUGGCCCAGCUCCCAGAGUUCACUAGGGCAGAGAAGCAGCUCAUAAAGGGCUCUGCUGACUUUCUGGGUCUGUCUCACUACACCUCCCGCCUCAUCAGGAAGGGCCAACAAGAUACCUGCGUCCCUAGCUAUGAAAAUAUAGGAGGCUUCUCCCAACACGUGGAUCCUGCAUGGCCCCAAACUGCUUCUCCUUGGAUUCGCGUGGUGCCCUGGGGUAUAAGAAGGCUGUUGCAAUUUGUUUCCAUGGAGUACACAAGGGGAAAAGUUCCCAUCUACCUGGCUGGGAAUGGCAUGCCCAUAGGGGAAAAUAACAGUCUCUUUGACGACUCCUCAAGAGUGGCCUACUUCAACCAGUACAUCAAUGAGGUGCUGAAAGCUGUCAAGGAGGACUCCGUGGAUGUUCGCUCUUAUAUUGCUCGGUCUCUCAUUGACGGCUUCGAAGGCCCCUCUGGUUACAGCCAGAGAUUUGGGCUUCACCACGUCAACUUCAGUGACAGCAGCAAGCCAAGGACUCCCAGGAAAUCUGCCUGCUUUUUCACCACCAUCAUUGAAAAGAAUGGUUUUACCACUAAGGUAGUAAAAAGAUCACUACCAUCCAAAGUAGCAGAGCUCCCCUCCAAAAUCAGAACCUUCAAUUUUCCAUCUGAGGUGCCCUCUAAGGCUAAAGUAGUUUGGGAAAAGUUCUCCAACCAACCCAAGUUUGAGAGAGACUUUUUCUACCAUGGCACAUUCCGGGAUGACUUUCUGUGGGGCGUGUCCUCGUCGGCCUAUCAAAUCGAAGGGGCUUGGGACGCUGAAGGCAAAGGCCCCAGCAUUUGGGAUAACUUCACACACACACCAGGGAAUGCAGUGAAAGACAAUGCCACUGGAGACAUAGCCUGUGACAGUUAUAACAACCUGGAUGCUGAUCUGAAUAUACUUCGAGCUCUGAAGGUGAAGGCCUAUCGCUUCUCUAUGGCCUGGUCUCGGAUUUUCCCUGAUGGGACCAACAGUUUUAUCAACAGAGCUGGUGUUGAAUAUUACAACAGACUGAUCAGUGGCUUGGUGGCAAGCAACAUCUUGCCCAUGGUGACACUGUUUCACUGGGACUUGCCCCAAGCCCUUCAGGAUAUUGGAGGUUGGGAAAAUCCUUCCUUGAUUGAGUUGUUUGACAGCUACGCAGACUUCUGUUUCCAGACCUUUGGUGACAGAGUUAAGUUUUGGAUGACCUUUAAUGAGCCUGCAAUACAGGCAUGGAAUGGUUAUGGCUUGGGGAAUUUCCCCCCAAAUGUGAAGGACCCAGGCUGGGGCCCUUACAGGAUCGGUCAUGCAGUCAUCAAAGCCCAUGCCAGAGUCUACCACACUUAUGAUGAGAAGUACAGGCAGCAGCAGCAGGGAGUCAUCUCGUUGAGCCUCAGCACACACUGGGCAGAGCCCAAGUCUCCAGGGGUCCCGAGAGAUGUAGAAGCAGCUGACCGAAUGCUGCAAUUCAGCUUGGGCUGGUUUGCCCACCCCAUUUUCAGAAAUGGAGACUAUCCCGAUGUCAUGAAGUGGAAAGUGGGGAACAGGAGCGAGCUACAGCACCUGGCCACCUCCCGCCUGCCAAGUUUCACUGAGGAGGAGAAGCGGUACAUUAGAGGUACAGCCGACGUCUUCUGCUUCAACACCUACUCAUCUAGACUUGUGCAGCACACAACACCUCCGCUGAAUCCACCUUCCUACCAGUAUGACCAGGAGAUCACUGAGGAAGAGGACCCUUCGUGGGUUGCCACAGCAAUAAACAGAGCUGCACCCUGGGGGAUACGCAGACUGCUGAACUGGAUCAAGGAAGAGUAUGGUGAUGUCCCCAUUUACAUCACCGAGAAUGGAGUGGGGCUGACAAGUGGAGCGCUGCAAGAUACUGACAGGAUAUUUUACCACAAAACCUACAUCAAUGAAGCUUUGAAAGCCUACAGGCUCGAUGGCAUAGACCUUCGAGGGUAUUCUGCCUGGUCUCUGAUGGACAACUUUGAGUGGCUAGAAGGUUACACAGUCAAGUUUGGUCUGUACCAUGUUGACUUUGAGGAUGUGAACAGGCCUCGCACAGCAAGAGCCUCAGCCAGCUACUACACAGAGGUCAUUACCAACAAUGGCAUGCCAAUGCCCAAGGAAGAUGAGUUCCUGUACGGAGAGUUUCCCAAGGGCUUCAUCUGGAGUGCAGCUUCUGCUGCAUAUCAGAUCGAGGGUGCAUGGAGAGCAGAUGGAAAAGGACUUAGUAUUUGGGAUAUGUAUUCUCACACACCACUAAGGAUUGAAAACGAUGAUACUGGAGAUGUGGCCUGCGACAGUUAUCAUAAGAUUGCCGAGGAUGUAGUUGUCCUGCAGAACCUGGGUGUAUCCCACUAUCGCUUUUCCAUCUCCUGGACUCGCAUCCUCCCUGAUGGAACCACCAAGUACAUCAAUGAAAUGGGCCUGAACUACUAUGUGCGGCUCAUCGAUGCACUGCUGGCUGCCAACAUCGAGCCCCAGGUGACCCUGUACCACUGGGACCUACCUCAGGCACUCCAGGAUGUUGGAGGCUGGGAGAAUGAGACCAUUGUGCAACGGUUUAAAGAGUAUGCAGAUGUGCUCUUCCGGAGGCUAGGGGACAAAGUGAAGUUCUGGAUCACACUGAACGAGCCCUUUGUCAUUGCUUGCCAUGGUUAUGGCACUGGGGUAUCAGCUCCAGGAAUCUCCUCUAGGCCUGGCACUGCUCCCUACACUGCUGGCCACAACCUAAUAAAGGCUCAUGCUGAGGCCUGGCAUCUGUACAAUGAUGUGUACCGCGCCAGUCAAGGUGGCAUGAUUUCCAUCACCAUCAGCAGUGACUGGGCUGAGCCCAGGGAUCCCUCCAACCAGGAGGAUGUGGAGGCAGCUAGGAGAUAUGUUCAGUUCAUGGGAGGCUGGUUUGCACAUCCUAUUUUUAAGAAUGGAGAUUACCCUGAUGUGAUGAAGACACGGAUCCGUGACAGGAGCUUGGCUGCAGGCCUCAACAAGUCCCGGCUCCCGGAGUUCACACAGAGUGAGAAGAGGAGGAUCAAUGGCACCUACGAUUAUUUUGGGUUCAAUCACUAUACCACUGUCCUGGCCUACAACCUUAACUAUGCUUCUGUCUACUCUUCCUUUGACGCAGACAGGGGAGUUAUGUCCAUUGCAGAUCAAUCUUGGCCAGUUUCUGGCUCCUUCUGGCUGAAGAUGACACCUUUUGGCUUCAGGAGAAUCCUAAACUGGUUGAAGGAGGAGUACAACAACCCACCAAUUUAUGUAACAGAGAAUGGAGUGUCUCAGCGGGGAGAAGUAGACCUGAAUGACACUGCGAGGAUUUAUUAUCUCCGCAGUUACAUCAACGAGGCCCUCAAAGCUGUGCAGGAUAAGGUGGACCUCCGUGGAUACACAGUUUGGACGGUGAUGGACAACUUCGAGUGGGCCACAGGCUUCACAGAGAGGUUUGGCCUGCACUAUGUGAACCGCACGGACCCUUCUCUGCCAAGAAUCCCUAAAGAGUCAGCCAAAUUCUACGCCUCCGUAGUCCGGUGCAACGGCUUCCCCGACCCUGCAGCAGGGCCUCACCCUUGUCUCCAGCAGCCAGAAGAUGCUGAACCCACCACCAUCCCCGUGAGAGAGGAGGUGCCGUUCCUGGGGUUGAAGCUCGGCAUCACAGAAGCACAGACAGCUUUGUAUGUACUCUUUUCUCUCAUGCUUCUUGGAGUCUGUGUCUUGGCAUUUCUAUCUUAUAAAUACUGCAAGUUCUCCAAGAAAGAGAAAACACAACCAAGCCAACAAGAAUUAAGUCGUAUUAGUUCAUUCUGACAAAUUGCCCCCUUCUCAGGUUCUGUGAAGCAAGCCUACUUAGGAUUUUGUAUUCUGCCCAUAUUAGAGUGCUUCACUGAGGCUUCUCACUGUUAGAGAUAACUUCAAUCUAGAAGGAUUUGAGUUCCUGAUUAAAAUAGAAAUAAUCUGCAUCUUGCUCCACUACUGGGAGUUCAUUUGGGCAUUAGAGGAGCCUGCAGGUGAUUCUUUCUUUUUUUUUUUUUUGGUACUGGGGAUCAAACUUGGGACCUUGUGCUUGUGAGGCAGGUGCCAGAAUCACUGAGCUAAAUCCCUGGCCCCUGCAGGUGAUUUUUGGGAAUGUGUACAUAACUGAACUUGUCUGUUAAAUUUGUUUUUAAAGAUGAAACUACAAGUAAAAACUAAAAAUACUUUAUACGAAAUCAACUCCACUAUGUAGGUGGACUGCAAUGCCAUCUCCUGCCCUGUCUUCACACUCUCUCCUAGCCUCAUACUUUGUGCUAAUCAGAAAAUAAACACAGUACUAUGCAUUGUG